AUGGUUAGUAGUAACAGCACACAAUCUGAAAACGCUCGUGGCGAAGAUCCCCAUUUCGACAAUGCAAUAUGGUGGUAUUCAUGUAACGAAGCAUUUAUCUUCAGUCAAAUUAACAAUAUAUUACGUUUAGAAAACUUUGAAUUAUUAAUUACCUAUCGUUAUUACAUUGUCCGUUUAUGUCAAAUGAUUGAAGAAUUGUACAUUAAGAAUAAACCACGACAAAAACGUCAAAUUGUUUAUCGUGCUGAUAAAAUUAAGCAGUCUGAUUUUGAUGCUAUGAAACAGUCAUCAAAAGAGAAAGAUCAACUUAUAUCGAUAAAUGGUUUUAUUUCAACAACAACUGAUAAAAAGAUUGCUGAGUUUUAUGCUAAGAAGCCAUCUAACGGUGUUGAUUUUGUGCCAGUAUUAUAUGAAAUAACAAUUGAUCCACUCAUACCAUGUCAAGCAUUUGCCGAUAUCGAAACAAUAUCGUUUCAUCCCGAAGAAAAGGAAUUGUUAUUCAGUAUUGGCUCAACAUUUUCUGUUGACAGUGUUGCUAAAAAUGAUAAUGAAAAUUUUCAUCGUAUAAAAUUGACGGCACGUAAUAUGCGUGCUCCCGUUCUGGAUGACAUGAAAUUAAAAGUAAAAAAAUCAUCACAAUCAUCGCUAACCAUAUUGUUAAUUAAAUAUUUAAUUGAAUUAGGUGAACAUCGUGCUGCUCGACGAUAUUUAAAAUCAAUAUUAGACAGUGUAGCAUUAGAAAAUGAUCCAUCAUUGGCUUCAGCUUACAACUGUUUGGCACUCAUUUAUUCGAAAGAAGGUAUACAUAGUGCUGCACUUGAAUAUUACAAGAAAGCAUUGAAUACCCAAGCUAGGUUAGAAUAUUCAAAUAAUAAUGCAUUAGCUGAAAUUUACAAUAAUAUUGGCUAUACUUAUAUUGGAUUACGUAAUAUUGACGUAGCAAUACAAAAUUUAAAUGAAGCUGAACGGAUACAAUUGCGUGAACCAGAAUUAACAAGGGAACAUUUAGCAUCAAUUUAUUGUAAUAUUGGACAAGCAUACUUUAUUAAAAAUGAUCAUAGUAAAUCUAAAGAAUACUUUGAAAAAUCCUUCGAUAUUUAUAAAGAAGAUACUACAAAAAAGAUAAGACAUGAUGCACUAGAAAAUAGUUUAAUGAAAGCUGAUUUAUGUAUUCAGUAUGGGCAUUUAUUAAGUAAACUGGAUGAUAAUUUUGCUGAUGCUACAGAGAAAUACAAUAUGGCAUUAAAAAUUUAUGAAAAUACAUUAAUACUUGAACAUCCAAAAUUAAUGAAAACACAUAUAGAUAUAUUUAGUGCAUACGCUAAACAUAAAGCCUAUAGCGCGGUAACAGAAAAAUAUGAAAAUAAAGAAUUUAAAGUAUUAAUCGAGAAAUAUACAGGAAGUCAACAAACUUUAGCCAAUUUAUAUUUUAUUAUUGGUGCUUGUUAUAUUCAUCAAGGAAAAUAUGAUGAUGGAAUGAAUGUUUGGAAUAACGCUAUUCUAUAUGAAAAGAAACAAUAUUUAGAUGAAAAUUUACCAUUAACGACAACUGAUGGAACAAUUCAGGUAAUUAAUAGUGCAUAUCGAAAAGCUUUUAUUUAUUAUAGCAACGAGUCAAAUAGUGACUCGUUUAAUCUUGGAAUAAUAACUUCAAAAUUAUUUAAUUAUGAUAAAGCAAUAAAACAUCUUAAGGCUAGUGAAUCGGCGACUAUUGAUAAAAGUAUAAUUAGGUCAAUUCUGCUUGGUGAUAUGUAUUUUGAUAAAGAACUAUUUAAAUCUGCAAUAAUUGAAUACAAUAAUGCAUGUGAUCAAAUAGGAACAAAAGAAAAUUAUUAUUUUCUCAAAAUUGCAAUAAAUUUAUUGAUUAUUCAAUCUUUAGAUGAUAAUAAUGAGAAAUUAGAUGAAUUAAUUAAAAUAAAAGAUAGUUUAUUAAAUAAUGAUGAUAUUGAUUAUAAUACAACUUCUAUGAAAACAAUUAUUUAUUAUAAAAUUGCUCAAUUAUAUUUAAGAUUAGAAAAAUAUGAUGAUGCACGUUUAUAUGCUUAUGAGUCAGUUAAAUUAAAAAUAAAUCACUUUUCACAUCGUCAUCUAAAUUUAGUAAAAGAUUAUUUAUUAAUUGCUAAUAGUUAUUUUAAUGAAAAAAAUUAUAGUGAAUCAUUACAAUUAUAUGAACAUAUAAUUGAAAUACAAAUUGUUAAUCUUCCUCCUGAUCAUACUGAUAUAAGAAUGAGUUAUUAUAAAAUUGGUGAUGUUUAUUGUAAAAUGGAAAAAUUAGAUCAAGCAAUAGAAAAAUAUAAAAUUGCACGUUCAAAUAAUCCACAUUAUUAUUUACCAAUGCAUAUAAAUUUAAUUGAAUUAUAUCAUAAACAAAAAUGGUAUUCAAAAGCGCAUGAAGAAGAAGAAAUAGAAACACUUAAUAUUUUACGUGAACAAUUACCAAAAGAUAUUGUAAAUAUGGCUGAAGAAGAUAAUUCAAAUUUAUCUCUACCUGCAUUUCAAACACUAUUUACAAAUAGAAUAAAUAUAAUAAGUGGUAAAAUGUUUGCAACUUUUCUUCAAGAUUUAAUUUCUAUUUAUCUUACAAUUGGUGAUAUAUAUGUUAAAAAACAAUCAAUUGAUGAUGAUGAUGAUAUCAGACAAAAUGAAUUAAGAGAAUGUAUUAUCAUGUAUAAGAAAGCAAUUAAUCUCCUUUUAAAAAUAAGUAUGUAUCAUGAUAACAAGUUAACUGUGUUAAUUUAUGAAAAACUUGGAAAUAUUUAUGAAUUAAAUAAUAAUUUAGAAAAUGCAAUUAAAAAUUAUCAAAAUGCAUUAGCUAUAGAAACGGAGAAGUAUGCUUUACAUCAUAAACUUGUAAGUUUUAGUUAUAUAGACAAAAAAUAUGAAAGUUUAAGAAAAUAUAUGUCAUACUUCUGGUAUACAACAGGCACAGUCUCAAAACAAGCAUUUGCACGCAUUUGGCACUAUAAUAACUCUACAUCCAAUGACGAAUUUUUUAAAGGAUUAAUUGAUGAUGGUGUGAGAACAUAUUUUAGUUUAGCACAAACCUAUUCUGAAUUAAACGAUUAUGAAAAUGCAUUAAAAUAUUUCAAGAAAAACGUUGAAUUCUCAUCGACGGAUGUAACAUUGAGUAGUUUGAAUAUUCCAAAAGAAAUAAAUAGUAAAAUGGCGAAAUAUAUUCCAGAUUUAAUUAUUGAAAAACUAAAUAAAAUAAAAACAAUAUCAACUCAUGUUCUUGACGAUAAUAAUAACAAUAAAAUUGAAUCUUAUAUAAAAUGUGGUGAAAUAUCAAUGAUAAAAAAUAAAUAUGGUGAUGCUAUCGAAUAUUAUUUAAAUGCAUUUUACUUAUGUGUAACAAAAUUAAAUAAUGCCGAAAUACUAACAGAUAAAGAAUUCAUAGACGAAAUUUGUCAAAAAUUAAAACAAGAUAGUCUCGAACAAAAAGAUAUUAUUACUUAUUAUUCGAAUAUUUCUAAUCAAGAUGCGAUAAUGAUUAAUGUGAAAAUGGGUGCAUUAAAUAGAAACAAUGGUGAUGAUAAAGAUGCAAUUAAAAACUAUGCCGAUGCUCUACAAUUGUUAGAUGGAGGCACAUCAAAUCAAAUUAUUGAAGCAGCAAUUAAUUACAUUCUAUUAAAACUUUAUUUAGGGGAUAGUGAGAGCAAUAGAAAGUCUUCUUCUCUUUCUAUUACAAACGAUCUUUCAUUUUAUCAGUCAUUUUUGCCAUUCAGUUCUAUAUCCAAUGGUGUUGAUGACGAGCACAUUAAGAAAUAUCGUACAGAAAUGAUUGAAAACAUGCGAAUUGAUAAACAUAAAAUACCAGUACCUGAUCGUGUACUUAUUUGUAGAUUAAUUAUCAACAACGUUGAAGAUGAAAUAAGCAAGAAGAAGUACAAAGAUCUAUUGUAUCAGAUAUACUUGGAAAAAGAAGAUAAAGAUUCUUAUGCUCAACCAUCUUCUGAUAGUUUAACCUGUAUCGGGCAUGUAUUAACAAAAGCUGAUGAUUAUAAAGCAGCUAUUUUAUAUUGGAAUGAAAUUCGAGAAUUUAAAGAGCAAAUGUUACCAACAACAAUUAUGGAUAUGAUACAUUCACCAAAAUCAACAUUCAUUCAAAUAUAUAAUGAAACAAAAUUAUUAAACAAGAAUUUAUCAAAAUAUAUUCUAUCCAUUGCAGAUUAUAGUAGAAAACUUGGUGAUUAUUACGUGAAAUUGAAUAAUAGAGAGGAAGCGGAUGACGCAAUGUUCUUUACGUGUCGACGUAGAGCUAUUGAAUGUUAUCAAAAUGCCAGUCGGUAUUAUGACUGUGAAUUAAAUAGUUUAAUGAAAAGGGAAGAUGAUGAACGGCACGAUAGAAAUAUUCAUCGUAAAAAUAUUGAACAUAUAAAUAAAAAAAUGUGUGAAGAUUUUAUCAAUUACAGUGUAAAACGUGGUGAUAAAUAUAAACUAUUGGCUAGUGAUGCUGAAAAAGAUAAAAUACUUUUUUAUUAUCAACGUGCUAUUCAAUGUUAUCAAUUUGCAAGAGAUGAUUAUAAACGUUUAAUAAAAAUUGAUGAAAUUUAUUCUAAACAAAUUGAAGAGAUUAAUAUUUAUAUUCAAGAUACUCUUGAAAAAAUUGCCAAUCAUCUAGUAGAACAGGGUAAUACAUUGGCUAAUGAUAAGAACAGCGAAGAAGAUAAUCAACUUGCUAUUCAAUAUUAUGAAGAUGCAAAAUUUAACUAUAAUUAUGCAUUAGAAAUUUUAAUCAAGGAAGAAGAAGGACGAGAUAAAAUUAACAAAUUUUAUCGUCACAAUAUUGAACAUAUUAAUAAAAACAUUAAACGUAUGACUAAUAGAGCAUUGGCUGAUUUAACUCGUACAAUUUAUGCCGAAAAUCUUGAAGAAAGCGUUAGUAAAUAUGAUGAAAAUUUUUAUUGUAUAAUAGAAAAAGUUAUAAUAACACCGAAUACAAUUAGAGUUUAUAUAGAUGAACGAGGUAACAGUAGUUAUGGUCUAAUACAACAUCCUAACACAUCAAGGCUAGUAUUAGUCAAUGAAAGUUCAACAAAUAUCGAUUUAACAUAUCUUGACUGUCACUUUACAAUUGCUGAUCCAGCUCGACGAUAUUUAGGUUAUUUGAAAUAUAAAACUGAUUUUGUUUACAAUGAUUCAAUAUUACAAUUUUAUUUUUCCUAUGGUGGUGCUGGAUAUACGACUGCUCGAUUGUUUAGUUUAAAUAAAACAUUGAUUAAAGCGUUAAACUUUCAUCCAUUGAUAAAUAUAUGGCGUAAGCCAAUUGAAAUAAGAGAAAAGCAAGUAUCCGACAAAUCAGAUGACUUACCGUGCUUUCAAGAAAGUACACCAGAUAAAUGA